UUCAGUCGUCGAAAAUGUUCCCGACGAGACGCCGCGAUCCGUUAUAGUCGAGGGCGAUCAUCUCGGGCGGAUAUGGCGGCCGUUUCGCUGAUCGGAAGCAAAAUCAUUCUCGCCGCUUGUAACUUCCUGUUGCUGGCGUGCGGAUUUACCCUCGUCAUCGGCGGCAUGCUAGUGCUAUUCGACGCCGACAGGAUCCUGCUGUCCAGAUUACUCUCGGGCGGCCCCUUCGAGGACCUGCCCCAUCCCCUUUUCUAUUACGGUGCCAUAGGACUCGCCCUGUUGGGCCUGUCACUCGCAGCUGCAGGAAUAUUGGGCUGCUGGGCUUCGUGUUUACACAACUAUUACUUGCUGACGUUCUAUUUUCUGCUGGUGAUGAUAGUUUUGGUCGGCGAGUGCGCCAUAUACAUCGUCGCCUGGAUAUGGCCGCAGUGCGUGGGCCUGGGGCUGAAUGCAGACCACCUCGCCAAAGAACUCCAACGCAACUAUGGCGUUAGCGGUCAGGACCAAUUUACAGCGGCGAUCGAUCUGGCACAGACCACCUUCCGGUGCUGCGGUAUCGACUCCGCCAACGAAUACGACACUUCGCUAUGGCGUCUACAAGCCCUCGGCGCCUCGCUGGCCAUCCCGUUGACUUGUUGCGUCCUCAACAAUCAAAACGACUCACGAGCGUACCUCAACCCUAUCCCCAACGACUCGGAUUUGUGCCAAGCGUUGGAGAAACAACGUCACGAAGGCCACAGACACGUCACGGGUUGCCAAGCGCACUUGGAACAAUGGUACCGUCAGCACUACGUCGUAUUUCUCGGGAUCGGUUUGGGCGUCGUACUCGUCGAGUUCGCCGUACUUCUGAGCACUAUCCUGACUUGCACGAGGGUCUACCACCACAACGAAGAGUCGAGGGAUAACGUGCGAAACCGCGCUCACGACGAAACCCCGAAAGACGUUUUUUCGCACAGGAAUCAGCCGGGAGCUUACACCAACGAGACUUACGCCAUGACGGAAGGGUUCAAGCAGAACUACAAACUGCUGGAGGGAGCAUGAUGGUGGCUGAGAGGCGUCUGCCUGCCGAGGUACAAGUACUCGAUCCAAGUCGAAUCUAUGCUGUGGUAGGCGCGGCCUCUCGUAAAAUGUAUCCAUAAAUUUUACACGCAAUAUAGUUUU